GAGCAAUCAGCCUCCCAACCUUCAGACAAAACCGACGCCCGGCUCACGACGACGCCUCACAUGACAGCACUGAUUCAACGCACCACUCUGCUUGAAAUGAAGGAACUAAAUGAACGAGAGAGAGCUAAUCACGCUCAGCAGAUGUACAAAGUGAUUCGUGACACGACAGGCAAGCUAGAAGCACGUAACCUGGAGCUAGAGGCGAAGGUUGCCGAGCUGACAAAGGUCUGUCUGAACCAACAGGAGGAGGAACAAAAACUACGUGAACAGUUGGCCGGUGCCACUGAGAAGAAGGGAUCAGAAUUGAACUAA